AUGACGAAAGGGCUAGUUAGAAUCCGGUUAUCAAGACAGUGUCGUAAAAACACACCAUUCUAUAACAUUGUAGUCACUCAAAGUUUUAAAGCCAGGGAUGCCAAACCUAUUGAGGUGAUAGGGACUUAUAAUCCAAUUCCUAUACAAUCUAAUAUUACCAAGAAGAAGAAGACAAACGCUGUCAGUGUGUUACCGUAUAAGGAUAUUCGAUUAGAUUUCGAACGUGCCAAGUAUUGGAUUGGUGUUGGGGCUCAGCCUACGGAAACCAUGACCAAGAUACUCAUCAAAGGUGGGAUCUUGGGGAAAGAAUGGAAUAAGUACGAAGCUAAGAAUACAAGGAAAGUGAUUCGAAAGAGACUUGAAGUGGAGGAAUAA